AUGCCGAAAUCAGGCGCUCAUCAGCCGCUGGUUCGACACGAUACUGAUGAUGGAGCCGACACAGGACAAUCGGUCAAAUCCCUGGCGGAUGUGUCCGAAGAGGAGAUUGAUAGUCGAAUGAGCAGAAGGUCAUCGGUUAUUGCUGACCUGCUUUCCCUCUUCCGACGUUCAUCCAGUGUUCUUGUUCGCCCACAUACCCGAUUAGGAAACCCGAAUUAUGACGAUGAUGACGACGAAUUCGACGAAGAAGACGACAAAGAGGCAUCCAAAGAUCGAAUACUCAAGAAAAUUCAGCAGAAGAAAGAGAUUAUACAAAAGUUGCGCGGUCAGCCAUGGUACAUGCGAAGGAAACGGAGAACAUUGAAAGUGGCUCAAAAGCAUCUACAGCAGCAAGAGGCGAAGGUGUCCAAAGCUAGGUUAUAUAAAGCAGAAGCGGGACGGCGGUUAACACAAGCUAGCCGGUGGUUGGAUAAUUUGAAAAUUUAUCUUAUUCCUUGGGAGGCAAAAAUUCGAAAAAUUGAGAGCCAUUUUGGUUCGGUCGUGUCCUCAUACUUCACUUUUCAUCGAUGGGUUCUUGGUGUCAAUAUCACUAUCACUUUUAUCAUGUGCAUGUUUGUUGUUAUUCCAGAGGUUCGGUUUCUGUUUUUUGGAAUCUUGAUAUACGGUUUAUUUCAGUGGCUCGCCGACUCCAGAACUCAAUUCGGAGAUGAUAGAUACAACAAGACAAAGUCUAUCAAGGUCAUGCCACCAGCGGUUCGCGCCAGAGCCGAUGAGCUUUCCACAGUCUGGGAUUUUGGGGGCUACUUUCAAUACUCGUUGUUGUUCUAUGGUUUCUACUCAAAGGAGACAUUUUUCGGUGAAACGAUCAAAUAUCGCGUUCCUGUUGCCUAUUUCUUUUGCAAUAUUUUUAUUCUAGGAUUUUCACUUUUCAUCAUUCUCAGAAAGAUGGCGGCUAACAACCGUCGAGGAACAUUAUCAUCCGGAAAAACGCAACAGUAUCUUUUCAAUUGGAAAGCUUUCACCGGAUGGGAUUAUACAAUUGGUAACCCCGAAACCGCUGGAAAUGUGUACAUGGCAAAUGUGAUCAAGUUCCGUGAGGCUAUAAACGAUGAUAAACAGAAACCAAGUGAUAAACAUCCGUGGAUUCGUUUUGUGGCUCGUGUGCUCACGAAUUUGUUUAUUUGUGGAAUGUACGUUUUCUCAAUCUGGGCUAUCAUGCAAUGCGGUACACUUAAAGGCGAACAUUUUUUCGCCCAGGUUAGUUUUCCAAAAACUGAAAAUUUAUAUUUUUCCGAGUUCCAGAACGCCACAGCCAUUACCAUCUCUCUGAUUACAUUGGUUUUCCCAAAUAUAUUUGAUCUACUUGGAAAAAUUGAGAAGCUCCAUCCAAGGAAUGCGCUGCGGUUCCAACUUGGAAGAGUUCUGGUUCUCUACAUUCUCAAUUACUACACUUUGAUUUAUUCGUUAAUGCUACAAUUGGAAAAUCUGCAAAAAGAGAAGAAUGAGUUUGACAGGCCUAGUACCACAACAGUUGCUCCAAAUGCUGAUACUUUGGCUAGGUGGGUUAAUAUUGAGAUAAGUAUACGUGACACUCUGUUCCCUCGAUAUCCUGUUAACAACACACCUCAUACUUACUACUCCUACACACCUGUGACCACUACUCCAAUACCAUCCACCAACUCUUGGACUACGGUACUUCCGGAUUUUGGACCGUUUGGUGUUUACAACCCAAAAGCUUCUGUCACAAAAGAUGAUACCGUGUUCUCGUCGCCAGUAGUAGAGACUCAUCAAUUUGGGCCGAAUUCUGACUGGAAUGAAACUACACCAAAUGCAGCUAGCCCAACUGGAGCAACUACCCGUGCAUCACUGCGCUUAUCUCAAGGAGGUCUCUGCUGGGAGACAAUUAUAGGACAAGAAAUCACAAAGCUAGUCACCAUGGAUCUGUACAUGACCGUGGCUUCAAUUUUCCUCAUUGACUUUCUUCGUGGACUAGCAUGUCGUUACCUGAAUCUGUUUUGGCCGUGGGAUUUGGAAAGAACUUUUCCAGAAUAUGGAGAAUUCAAAGUAGCAGAGAACGUGCUCCAUUUGGUUAACAAUCAAGGAAUGAUCUGGCUUGGUCUCUUUUUCGUCCCUCUACUCCCGAUGCUUAAUAAUAUCAAGUUGAUUAUACUGAUGUAUAUCCGAGGAUGGGCAGCGAUGACUUGUAAUGUGCCAGCUAGUCAAAUCUUCCGCGCCAGUCGUUCUUCCAAUUUCUUUUUCGCCCUUCUCAUACUAUUUCUGUUUCUUUGUACUCUUCCAGUCGGAUUUGUGAUCGCCUCAAAGACUCCUAGUAAAAGUUGCGGACCAUUUGGAAAUCAAUCGUUUUUCUACAGUGUAAUUACUGAUGUUCUCCAUGAGAACUUGGAUAAGACAUUGGUCAAUGGAAUCAAGUACAGUUUGUCCCCUGGAAUUAUCAUCCCGGUUCUUGUUUUGUUAUCACUGGUUAUUUACUUCCUCAUUGCAAUGGUGACCGGUUUGUCGCAAGCGAAUCAGGAUUUGUCUUUUCAACUCAUGGUGGAAAGAACAGAAGAAAAGAAAAAGAUCUUCGAACUUGCUGGUGGAAAAAAGAAAAAGAGCAAAGACAACACAUUCGGAAAACAAAAGCCCAAGCAGCUCCUUUCUCCUCCAACCAAAGGAGUGUCUUCUGAUGACGAUUCUCAACACAACCGAUCGACCGCUAAAAGUGUUUCUGGCCGUCAGUUUGUUCCAUCCCUAGGAUCAGUCUCAGAAGUGGAUCAUAGUACCGGAGAAGAACAGUCAUCUGAUACUGAAUCUACAACAUCUUCUCUCCCACCUAAAUUAUCACUCCGACAGAAAUUCCUAGUUUGUAUUGGUUGGGCAGAUCCAAGGAAGUAUGAUAGACGAAGCGAUGAUAUUGAAAUGGAAGAAGGUGGUGGUAGAAUUCGUGAGCUAUCAACCGGAUCUGACAGUGACUCGGAUGAUGAAGACAGUGAGAAAAGGUGUGGAAUUUCAUCGAAAGAACCUUUGACCUGUACAGUUAACUUCAGAAAUUCCGAAAGCCGAUACCUCCUCCCUCCAGAUGGGUCUCGUCCGGCGUCCAGAGAAAGGUCUGAAAACCAAAGUAAAAGAAGUUCAGCAAGUCGACGAACCAGCAACCGCGACAUGUCAUAUCGUACAGCAAUCCAGUCAUUCGAUCAAAAUUCACAAUCAGCAUCCGGGUCUUCUUCAAAGUCUACAACAACGGCUCCAUCGAAUUCGGAGAUGAGAAUUGAAAUAAACGAAAAUCCGCUUCGCACAUAUGUCACUCCACUCAGAAUUGAGAAGAAAAGUUCCGCAAGCUCUUCAACAAGCUCUCAUCCGCCAUCAUCUUCCAUUGAGAAGCAAGCAGCAAGAAGACUCCUUCAACCAAUCAGUACUACACAUAAUAUUCGCUAUGGAGUGGCUACUGUAGAAAACUCAUCCCAAGAUCCCACUCGCCCUCCUUCAACUGAUGAUUCUCUUGGAGACCCCGCACUUCAUGAUCCUCUUUGGGCAAACUUGAAUCCACACAGCAGUUACACGUCGGCUAUGAUGUCGCCAAUCAUGAAUGAGUUCAUGUCUAACGACGAGACGACAGACGACGAGAAGGGACGUUUGAUUCCGGAUAGACCACCAAUUCCACACUCGCCCAGAGAGCUGAAAAGAUUAAAGCGUGAGAAGGACCAAUCCGAAGGCGGAAGCAAGCCAAGCUCAUUAUUCCAGACACCCCGGCCCCCACGGUUCAGGAUAUCCAUGUCGCCUCCAAGAAAGCCACCAUCAGAGAAAAAUGACUCCGACAGCUCCAAUCGAAAAUAUGAGAUGAGAGUUGAGAAGUCACCAAAGAAACCGAAAAAAUCAGAAGAUUCAAAGUGA